AUGACUUCCAACAUUUCCAGAUUCCUCUGGUAUAAUUGCAAGAAAUUAUCUCAUGAAGACUGUCUUAAGAAAAAUCUCCACUCUUCAUUCCAUUUUGUCAGAAAGCAUUCCCCGUUCACUUUGAAUUGUACUGCAAGAAACAACAGACGUAUUUUGUGUAGGAAUGUUUUGAAUGUGAAGGAAAAAGAUCUAAGUCAAGCUUGUAGGAUGUUGACAACAAGAGUGAGUGAUGUGGAAACCAAAGGGAGACCUGUAGUGAGAACCAGGACCAAACAACCGGCACUGGCAGCUGCCAAGGCACCAAAAGAGAAGAUGCAGGUGUGUAUAGCAUACACCACGGCAGAGGAGUAUGAUCUGGAGGGACUAGAGACAGACAUCAGGAGACUGGACAUCUUUAGAGUCAUGAAGAUGCCACAAGAUGCGUUUGAUGUUGUUCACGUGCGCCAUGACCCUGAACCACAGUCUGACGGAGGACAGGUGGACAGACGGUCCACACAGGGGGACAUCUUCUUCUUCAGAGAUGGCAUGGUCGUAUUCUGGAAUGUGGAAGACCAAACUAUGCGAGAGGUACGGCAGAUGUUGGAGCAGUAUGAACGUAACCCUUACAACAUCGCCCUGGUCGAGUGGGAGAACGAACAAAUGAACUACUCCUACACACAGAACAGCACGCUGCUGUCCAAUGGAGACAUUCAGCUGUCCAGCAGUGCUGCUGAGUUGGAUAUGAUACUAGAGAAGUACACAUUCUCCAAUGCCAUGGCUUUAUCGGUGAAACUUGCUAUCUGGGAAGCCUGGCUGGAUGACUAUGUUGACUCUAUAAUGUACAUUCCUGAGCUGCUGAGGGAGGGGAAACGACUCAAGAUGUCACGGCCCAAGGUCAUGCAGAAAAUUGGCGAGCUCUUUGCUCUCAAGUACAGGAUCAACCUGGGCUCAGACCUCCUCAUCACACCUGACUUCUACUGGGACAGGGAACACCUGGAGGGCCUGUACCUCAAGACGUGCAGGUUCCUCAACAUCCCGGGGAGGACCACGGUGGUGAAUGAAAAACUGCGCCACUGCCAGGAGUUAGCCGAGCUGAUGAGAACACACCUGAGCGAGCGGCACAGCCUCCGACUGGAGUGGAUGAUCAUCGCCCUCAUUGCAAUAGAGGUGCUGUUUGAGAUAGUGAGAAUCUUCAUCAGGACUUUCACAGAACCAGACAACACCAGGGAACAGAACUAAAUCUCUACAGUCAGACUCAUGGAUG